CUGGUUAGCCCAGGUGCUUGGCUGUGUGAUCUAACUCUAGAACGAUAUGAAGUCCGAGAGAAGAAGGUCUCGAAAAAGAGACCAAGAGGUUUAAGGGCAAUGGGGAGCAUGGACAGUGACUCGGAUUAAUAGACGACAAAGGAGAGGCAGAAUCUGAAAGGAUAAGACAGAUAGUGGGAUCAUAUUUGAAGACAGUCAUACUUAGUUGAUUCAAAACAUAGAGCAUGUAUAUUGCGUUUGAUUUUUAGAGAGAGAGAGGGCUAAGUAAGAGUUUGGAGAGUUUUUAGGGGAUGCAAGGGAUGUAGCCUUUGUGCCGAGAGAAGCUUGUAUCAUUCUUGUACAGAACUCUACCAAACGCAUUUUAGAGUUCGAGCCUGUUCUUUCUCUCUUUUUAA